AGUACGAGUACUACCGACCACGCCAAAAAGGAUAAAAGUCAAGAAUUCCAAGGGAUGGCUCCGUUAGAAGAUAAGGGUGCUCGCGAUGGUCAGUCCACUAUAAGGGGAGUCCAGAGCAAAGUAACAGAACAAGCAAUACGUCGAGAACGAGAUGAUGGAACAACAGGAGUAAAGACCAUCACUUCAUCGUCCACUGCGAAAAUGGAGCAGGAGCAGGACGAGCAAGAAGCCUCAAUAAGAACGCCAGCAGAUGAAGAAGCGCUAGAGCAGGAAGACAGGGAGUGCGAGCAACAGUUUCUCGAUGCAAUUUUACGGCUUGUCUCUUUUUCCUUGAUAAGAAUUAGAAUAAACAAAGCACUCAUCCAUGACCUCCACCUUGUUUGAGAUUGAGAGGACCCCCUCAUCCUCCAUGAUCUACGUUUGCUCAGAAAUACAGUUUUGGUUGCAUUUCAAUGAAUACGAAUCUCUUGUGGGUCGUCAAGUGAUGAGUUCUUGUAAUGAGUAAUAAUUGCAAUCUUCUUCUUCGCUUACUUGUAGUCUUACAUCACUCGAGAUCAUCAAUUAGACGAGCAUCGAGCUUCUAUUCUAAGAAUUGGAAGCUUUCCUGCCUUACGAAAACUACGCUUAUUGAUCGCUACAGGAGGUCAAGAUUUCCGCACGGCGUUGAUAAGUUUGAGUGGAUCCAUGGAUACCGCCCAAAAGGCAGCAGAUGAGACGUGGUUCGAGGAGGUUAAGCGUCGACUCGAGAACCAUAAUAAAAGCACGAUCGAACGAGGCAACAACAGCAAGAUUGAAAAUAUGCGAAAAGAGGGUGAGGGCGUAAUGAAAUUGAAGAGUGGAGCUAACGAAGUGGACCUGGACGCUGCUAGUGCUUUCGUGAAGAUGAUUUUACCUGAAGAAGAAAAAUUGUCGCAGCAGCUGACCAGGAGCGAAACUUCCGCAAAUGGCGCUGGUGCUAAAAUAAAGGCUUACAACACCAUGAUCACCGCGACGAAAAUGAAGGGCCUGGUAAAGGAUUUUUCUGGAAAAGCUGCUGGAUCAGACGAAGCUGUCGAAUUUCACAUUCCGUUGCGAGGAGAAAGACGAAUAAAAAAGAGGAAGCGCCGCGCACACGACGACCUUGAGGACGCGCUUGUUGAUCAAGGCCAAAGCGUUGACCACUUUAAAACUACCUCGAGCUCCAAGAGAAAUAGAAAGCAUAGCAAAGAAAAGAGUAAGGAGAAGAAGCGACGGCGUGUUGAUCGGGGACUCCGUGAAAUCCGCGAGCGAUCAGCGAUUCGUGAGGAUUUAGCUGUCAUUGAGCGAAUGAAUCGGCAUAAUCAAGUGAGCUCGAUGCGUUCGAGUAGAGCUCCUUUUGGCGCAGCAGCUGAUGAGGUAGAUGAUGACGAUCUUAUGUUUAGCUACGGACGAGGUCGAGGAGCGCGGGCGGGGCAACCUGGUGCGGCGGGCAACAAUGUUGACCUCUUGGCGUUUGGAAGGAAUCUAGGUGCGAAUCCGUCCGAUUUGGUAGAGAAUGUGGCUGUCGGAUGUUUUGAUGCCUGCUUCACAUCAACCGCUGGAACCACUCAGCAUCAGGGCGAGUAUGGAGGCAGUGGCACUGCAAUCUCUCGACAAAGUCGACAGCAUUCAAGGAACGUUUCAAAGACGUCCUCUGGCGGUGGCGGACGCGCUGCGCGUAGAGCACACAGGCAGCAGUUGCGAGCAGAGGCACAUAUGUUUGAGAAUGAGGACGAGCAACACUAUGCCGAUGUGGCUGGUGACCUCACGGCUGCCGAAGAGGCUGUUACUGGUGGAUCAAUAAUACCUUCCAGAAAUAACGCCGCCGGCACAGCAGAUGAUCUUGUUAGGCAAGAAGAAGAGCAGAAGAGGGCACAGAGACUCAGACGAAAAAAGAUCCUUGGUUUCCUUGACAGCGAUGACGAGGAUUAGCCUUUUUCAUAAAAGUAGUAGAGCUAGAGUUCACGGGUAACACAUUCCAAAGAAACAAACGUAGUGUUUAUUUGAUUUUCAUGAUCACGUUUGUCUUGUUGGCUUAAAAGAUGCUAUUGUAUCUCAUGCUGUUUCCGUGCGUACUUAUGCGGGGGGCUUGGACACGGAGCAUAUUUAUUAUAUUUAGACCGAGGCAAACCGCGUUUUGAAGCAUCGUGACUGACAACCAACAAGUUGGAUCCAAAAUUGUACUUCUGACUUCAAAUCACUGUUUCAGUUGUUGUAACUUGUUAAAACUGACACUUCUUCCUGAAGUUCAAUAAUCCUUUACCCUCAUUUCUCUGGCUCUGUCGUGAAUUUUGCCAGGUGCGCUGCUGAAGAGCCUCGAUGCUUGCCGUGGCACAUUUUCGUUGGAGGAGAAUAUGAGUCCUCAACUGUAAUUCUUGCAAAACACAACGUAAACAAGGAUCGAGAACUCAAGGCGACUCGGGCUGCUAAGAUGAUGAAAAAGGAAUUCUAAUGAACGUGGGGACGCGGC